AUGGGAACAUUCCUAGGCCACUGCCUCCCUGGCGGCUUCUUUCUCGCCGUAGGCCUCUGGCACUUGUUUUCCUGCGUCGUAAGGUAUGCCCGAGCGGACGGCUUACGCUACGUCGCGAAGGUCUACCACCAGGGCCCCGGGUUCUUGAAAUUCUUCGAAUUGUACCUCAUCAUUCUCGCGACGCUUUUCGACAUAUUCUUUGAGCUGUUCCUCUCCACCGACUUCCGCCCACUGGACAAACACGGGAACAUCCCGAUGUCGCUUCUCAACGACUACGAGCACUCUGCAAUGCUCUUCGUUUUCUUGAUCUUCGCUCUUGCAACAUUACUCUCCGAGUCUACGAACCUCCUCCCCCUCCCCCGAGGAGCGCUACACGGAGUCGCAGGGUUUUGCUUCUUGAUAGAGUUUCUUCUCUUCCAUUUCCACUCGGCCAAUCAUGAAGGGCUGGAAUCGCAAGUACAUACCCUGUUGACCAUCCCCAUAUUCGCCUGUAUGGCGCUCUCUUGGCUGCUGACAUGGCAGAACGGGAGCUUCUUAAUGGACCUUGCGGCAGCGGGGGCGCUCGUGCUUCAAGGGACAUGGUUCUUGCAGGUGGCUUUCACCCUCUUCUUCCCAGGCACAAUCCCCCUGGGGUGCCAUCACGAGCCGGAUGCGCCCAACGGCACGGACGGCUCGACCACGUGUAAGGACGAGAUGGCGACACACCGAGCCAAGGCAAUCGCCAAUCUGCUCUUUACUUGCCACGUGGCAGUCGUCUUGAUGCUCACGCUCGCAGCGUUUGCGGUGGCAAAUGCUAUCUACAAGCCCAAGGGCGCUUCGUAUGAGACGUUGGUCGACAACGAAGAAGAAGGCCCAAAAGACGGGCACGUGCAGCUGUCGGAUCUAUAG